AUGACUAGUGGUGAUGCAGCUUGUGCUUCAGCAAGUGAAGUGAUUUCCGUCUUCAAAGAUUGUUUAGUGUUGGAAAGAUGCGAGUGGACCAAUGAAGACAAAAGGAAGAACAACCUUGAUAACUUUGGAAAACACUCUUUGUAUAAAACUCUCGACAAGAACAUGUUCUCAAAGAUUAGAGCAUGUGCCACCGCCAAGGAAGUAUGGGAUAAGAUCAUUCAACUCAAUGAGGGCAAAGAACAAACUAGAGAGAAUAAGCUCAUGGUUGCCACUCAAAAGCUCGAUAACAUCAAAAUGCGCCUAGAGGAGUCGAUGAACAAGUUUGAAGAACACUUCACCAACAUUGUCAUUGAACUUUCCACUCUGGGAAAGGUCUAUGGCAACAAAGAAGUCAUUGUCAAGAUGUUGAAGGCUCUUCCUAGUGUUUGA